UCAACGUUUCAACACCUCUCUCCCUCGCCGUAUCAAAGUUAACACAUCACCAUCACCACCAUGAAGACUGCCUGCGUUGCUCUCGCUCUUCUGGGAAGCUCCUCCGCGUUUGUCGUUCCCAUGGCGAACGUCCGGACGACUAGCAGCUCCUCCACUUCUUUGGCCAUGUCGAGCGAGCCCAUGACCCGAUCGCAGGCGCUCAGCAACCUCUUCGGCGCCACCGCCGCCGUCGCCGCCGCGGCGGCCGUGCCGGGCGUCGCCUUCGCGGACGGGGCCAAGUCCCCUGCCACCCAGGCCCGGGCGCGGGGCAUCUACGGCAACCGCAUCGCCGCGCUCAAGGGGGCGGUGGACAAGGGAGACACGGCCGCCAUCUUGGCUGAGCAGAACUGCUUCCGCCUCUUCAACUCGGGCGUGUACUCGACCGACAAGGCCAAGUUCGCGGAGGCGGAGGCGCUGGCCAAGAGCGUAGUUCAGGCCGCCGGCGCGGGCGACGCGAAGGCCCUCAAGGACUCGUACGCGGCGUACAUGAAGUACACGGAGAAGAAGAGUGGCUACAACGGGGCCGGCGACGGGCAGGGCUUCGGCUCGGAGUUCGACUACAAGAACAGGACACCUCUUGGCACCGUGUACCAGAGGUAAAACGAGCCUCGGCUGUUGGAGGGCCGAGGAACCAACACCUUUGGCCUGUACAACUUUGGUCAUGAUUUUUUUGAUGGUCGCGUCCAUGAGGGGACCACCCGGUUUUUGCAUCCCGUUGCCCCAGGCUUGAUGACAGCUUGUGGAAAUCCUUCAGCUUCGGCGGGAUUCACCGUACGCAAUGCCUGUAGCCGUGUUUUGCUGUGGCUGCAGCCCACAACAGGACACGAGAAGAUAAUGCUGCGGUCGUCCUAGCGUUGCUGACAUAAAACGAGGGCAUGGUGCGCUUCGAAGCAGGAGUGCCUGACACAUAUCUGCGGCACGUAGAGCAGUCAUGCGGAUACGGUUAUUUUUUUGGCAGGUAAAAUGCAAUGGGGUGCCGGUACGGGUGGAAAUAAGGUUCGGGUUGCGAGAUAGAAACAUAGACGACUAAGCGUUCUGGCGGAUACUGCAGGGGGUUAAAAGCGCGGGCGCUGCGUCUCUGGUUCACUUGUACUCUUCUGUAUUUCGCGUCCCGUUUACCGCUGAGUUCGACGGUUAGUUGUGUGUUUAGAGUUGGCCAUGUUAGUCGACUUCGCUGUGGAACAGAGAAAGAGAACAAGUGGCGAUGCACUUGUCUAAAUUUGCGGAACACAACAUAAAAACAAAGCCUUUACUCGGCGUGACCUUGUGUCAUCACCACAAGGCUAGACAAAAGUUUUUUUUGCACCAGUUGUAAUAGAGCGAACCCCUUAAGUCUUGUGGUGCGGGAGUUUAGCCAAAUAACUACAUGGAUUCUUGCGUGGUAAAACCGUUAUACCCAAACGUGCAGCACUCUUUUUUCGUCGGUUGGGGUGAAACAGCUUGAUGCUGGUGGAGGGACGGCCGCCUACGGUUUGAUCCGCAGACGUGCUUGAGUGCACCAUACAGCAGUCGGACCGCACGUUGGCGGUGAUAGAUCUGAUGAAUGGACGUGCCGCGAGCUCGUGUGUUGUCUCAACUGCUUUGCUUACCUCCGAUGUUGCCCGAAUAUGGUCUUCACAGUAUCUUCGUCGCUUCCCCUCCCUUCACCUCUCUCUUGCCACUCGUGGUCUCAAGGCCACUCUGAACCAUCCGGCAGUCAUCUCGAACACUGAGGUCGUGCCUGUGAAGUAGAUCCUGGGCUGAGCUUGCACUGUGGGCGGGAGUGCUCUUGGGGUGUACCCACCCCAAUCUGUACUGAGUGACGAAUAUCCUUGCCACAAAUCGGUCUUGAAUUA